UUAUAUUUAAUAAAUAUGGAAAGUAAUCAAGACCCGACAAAACUGAUGGGAGAGCUGCUUCUGAAAGGCUGGAAAAUGCUAGGAGAGUCAUGCCCAACUUGAUUUUGCCCCUAUAUGGAGAGCAGAAAGGGAGAAAGAAUGUGAUGUGGCUGUGUAGGUACCAAAAAGCCAGAGCCUCAGAAGGAGCAAAUGAACCCACCAAAAGAUAGAGCAGAAAGCACGCUUGCUGUCAAAGAUAAUUUACACUCCAAUGUGGGCUCACAACUUGACCUUGAUGAGGAAGAGGAGUUCAAAAUUGAGGAUGAUAUUAAGAACGAGAGAAAAGAUUCUUAUAAAAAACACCUAGAAGCAAUGCAUCCAUACAAGAUUCACAAGGCAAAAUCUCACAAUUUUACUGGUGAAGUAAGAUUCUCGUCUUCUCAACCUCAACAGCAUACAAUUCGCGUUCCUCAAGAUGUUGAAGCAAGCACUUGCGCUAAUUUUGACAAUGUUUCUCAAGGAGAAAAUGCCAACCAGCCUUCAGGUAUUAGAGCAAUCGUACAGCUUACUGUUGAAAAGAAGUUACACUGGCUUUGCUCCAAGCUUACUCAAGAGACUGACUACGACCAAAUUGAUAAACUCCUCGACCUUGUGCAAAAGACUAAAGGUAUGCUAUAAU